AAAGGCUCUAGACAAUCUUUAGCCACCACAACUGAUCUCAGGCGUUCAAUUUCCAACAUUGCCCCAUUUGUGAGUCCAGGCGUCGUUUUGUAAGCUGCGGGUCAUUUUGUUUAGGUUCUCCUCCCCUCUCUACUUCUUCUACAUUUUUUAUCGUUAAGCUGAUUAGUCCUCUCCGUUAUCAUCUACCUAGACAAUACAAUCACCUUUUUUCUUUGAGAAUCUCGUUAAUGAGGCAAAUUCAGCUUUGAAAAUGGAUACAAUGUUGGUACCACCAUGGUUAGAGUCAUUGCUAAGCACAUCUUUUUUCACCGUGUGCCGGACACAUGGGGAUGCAGCAAGGAAUGAAUGCAAUAUGUAUUGCUUAGACUGUGAAGGUGGUGCAUUUUGCUUCUAUUGCCGUUCUUCUAGACACAAGGAUCAUCAAGUAAUUCAGAUAAGGAGAUCUUCAUAUCACGACGUAGUGAGGGUUACAGAGAUUCAAAAGGUAUUGGACAUAAGUGGAGUUCAAACCUAUGUGAUAAACAGUGCUAGAGUCUUGUUUCUCAAGGAGAGGCCACAGCCAAAAUAUGGAAAAGGAGUUGCUCAUAUUUGUGUAAUUUGUGGAAGAAGCCUUUUGGACCCUUUUCGCUUUUGUUCAUUAGGAUGCAAGCUUGUAGGAGUAAAACGAAAUGGUGAAGCAAGCUUUACCAUAGAGGCGAAGAAUGAGGCAUUAAUGGAAAGGAGAGAAGGCAUUUCGAGAGGGGAAGAAGAGUUGCGUGAAGGCUCACAGCAACAGCAAGACAUAUACCCGCCCACGCCUCCUCCACCUUCUUCCAGUGCAAGGAGAAGAAAAGGCAUUCCUCACAGGGCACCUUUUGGGUCCUAGCUAAUUUACCCUCACAGUCAUACAAACGAGGAGUAGUUGUAUAUUGAGUAUUUGUUAUUUGGUUACAACUUUCUUUUCAAAACAUUUUUAAAUUGCUUUUUUUUUUAAGUGUUUUGAAAUGAUUUUAAUCAUGUUGGUGUUAAAAAAAAUAUAUUAUUAUUUUAAUUAAAAAAAAGUAAAAUUAAAUUCAUUAUUUCCUGCGCAACCUACUUUUUUUUCCUAGGGUGUCAUUUUCCUAUCUAAAGAAUUGUAGGGUACCCUGUUUUGGUUGGGGUGUCCAAAAAACAAAAGGGCUAGUAAGUUUCCCUUGUAGGUCUGGGUUACAUGCAACAAAAUUCUCUUGUGAAGAAGCAAUAAUGCACAAUUGUUAUUUGCAGCCCAAUGAACUUUCUGUUUAUUUUUAUUUUUGUGUUUUAAAAAUAUUUAAAAAAAAAUUUAAUUUUAUUUUUAUUUUUUGCUUCUAUAACAUAAAGAAACACCAGCUUUCUUUCUAUUUGCAGCCUCGUAUGAAUAUAUUCCCUGACAAGGGACACCUUAAGCACAGCAGCACAUGUAAAGCAGUUCUUAUAUGAUAUCUCGAACGAUCUUGUAAUCUGUCAUAAAGUUCGAUGGAUGGAUGAUGGGUUUAUGAAAGUUCUCAUCUAUUACUGUUAAUGGGAAUGUGUCAUGUUUUGCGAA